CUCGGGGAUCGAACCGGCUGCGGCGGCGUGAUGGCGGGCUGACGUGACGACAGCAAACGACACACGAGAAAACAGCAAGAACAGGAGCAGGCGUCCGGCCACGGCGCUCCCGCACACCCCCCUGUUCCGCGCGUGGUUAUCGAGCGCCGGCCACAGCGCUGGAGCCGCGACGCUCCAGCAUGGACGUGCCCAGGAUGGCCGAGGGCCUCUUCAGCAGCACGCUGUCGUCGUCGGGUGGCGGCCACCACGCGGCGUCCUACCUGACGCUGGAGCAGAAGGCGGCCUUCGUCUUUGUGAUGCUGCUCUUCAUCUUCCUGGCGCUCCUCAUCGUGCGCUGCUUCCGCAUCCUGCUGGACCCGUACCGCAGCAUGCCCUCGUCCAACUGGACUGACCACACCGAGAAGGACACCUUCGACUAUCGCAUCGUCUAAGCCAGGGGUUCUCAAACUCUUGGGGUCCAGAGGAGAAAUUUUGCCGGAUCUGAAAAUCUUAAAACAUAACUCCCACGCGUAUUCCUAAAUUCCAUGGGAAUUCCCGUUUAGCGCGGGGGGAUGCAUUCUAGACGUACCGGCUGUGGGUUCCAAUAAACCUAUUGCCCAUUUACAUGAUGUUACCAGUUGGAUUUUGUCAGGAUAAAAUAUCAGAAUUUUACAAGAAUUAGGAUAAAUCGUAAUCUCACGAGAUUUGAGUUUGACUUUUUUUCUGGAUAAAACGUCAUAAUCUAUGAGAAUAAAGUCAGAUUUUGUCAGAAUAAAAAGAUGUUAUUUUACGAGAAUAAAAUUCUAUUUUUACAGGGUAAAUUCGUAAUAUUAUAAUAUUACGACUAUAGUCAAAUUUUAACGAGGGUAUAAAGUCAUCGUAUUUUCAGUGAAUUUCAAAAAUACAACUUUAUUCAUGUAAUAUUAGACUUUAUUCUGGAAAACACACAUUCAUGCUUAAAAAAAACGGGAUGACAUUCUCGAAAAAAAUAAUUCUUUUUGUUCUCGGAAACAAAUAUUCACGCAAGGGUGUCAGAUUUCUGUGAUGAUAUGUCACAAUUAUAUCAGUUUUUAAUUGGGUUAGAACCAUCUGGUGGCCUCUUGGUGCCAAGCAACUAUGUUGAACUGAGGGGAGGAGCUUCAUUUAAUCAGGCUUCGCGCUAGAAAAAAGUGAUUUGCCGCCAUCUUGUGGCAUCUAUAGGCCAAUGCAAACCUUUUUGGGUAGGGCGUCAAUUACUUGCGGAUUUUGGCUAUUCGCGGCACUUUUAACGAAAUUAUACGAGAUAAUUUCUUGAAAAAUUAUUUCGUGAACUCCCAAGUUUCAGCUUGCGGACCCCCAGUUUGAGAACCACUGGUCCAAGUUCCUUGGACAACGGCGACUGCGCUGGGAAAAUGGCUGCCCUGAGUGGACGUACUCCCCCGCCCCUACCCCCCUUGAGUGGACAUCUUCCUUCCUCCUCCCUCAUCCUCCAUUCGUGGACUACCUCGUUCCGCCAUCUUGUGUGUGGACGUCUAAACAGGGUCAAAACAGAGUUUACAUGCCAGCGUCCUUGCUAGAUUUAGACAAUCAGUGUUGUCCCGCCAACCUGCGUAGUCGACCUCCUCCAAGGCUUCCCGCCGCCUUCUCUUUCUUCUUCUACUUGGAGCGCUCCCUUUAACGUAAAUCCUUUGAACAUUGGCGGUGGCGGUGUCGGACCCAAAGUUGACAGUGCUGUACCGUGUGCCUCCACAUGUUGUCUCGUGUGGUUUAUCGUCACGUGACGUCCGUGUUCCUCAAGCAGGGUCACUGCCGGCACUUGGUAGGCGGACGGCGGCGGCGCCUCGACCGCGGCGGCAUCUCGUCGGUCGUCUCUGUCUCCGUCCUCCGACCAAAGCCUUCGCCCACUGACGCCAUGGCUUCUCGCCAGCUGUGCGCCUUAUAGCAGAGGUGGGGGACUCAAGUCACAUGACUUGAGUCCACUCGAGUCUGACUUAAGUCGUCAAUUUUAAGGACUUGGGAUGUGUUUGGCUAAAAUGUAUAACUUGACUUGACUCUGACUUCUUGAGACUUGACUGGCUUGGCUUGUUCUUGGUAAGACUCGACGUAAAUUAUAGUACACCGACAUUGAAGUCCUGUGGACCGACUGGUUAGAGCGUCAGCCUCACAGUUCUGAGGACCCGGGUUCAAUCCCCGGCCCCGCCUGUGUGGAGUUUGCAUGUUCUCCCCGUGCCUGCGUGGGUUUUCUCCGGGCACUCCGGUUUCCUCCCACAUCCCAAAAACAUGCAUAAAUUGGAGACUCUAAAUUGCCCGUAGGUGUGCAUGUGAGUGCGAAUGGUUGUCUGUUUGUAUGUGCCCUGU